AUGUCGUUCUCAAAAUUGGAUGUGCGUCACAUCCAAGACAUGUCAAAGGCGACAUCAUUAGAGCCUCACUGGGGAUAUUACGAUCGCGCCCUUCCAUGCACCAACGACCCUGGAUCUUGCGAAUAUCUCGACGAGGUAUACGCCUCCCAUGACCGGGGGAUGCUCUAUUCGGGGAUUAUCUGGUGUGUCAUCUGCGCAGUCCUGCUGCUCUGGAUCGUCUUGAACCAAUUCGGUGCGCCAACCUUAUCGCCGGCCCUGGCAGCGCCAGAACUCGCCGGCCUAUACAAAGUUCGUCGCUCAAUUGCCUCAUUCACUCGGAGAUAUCUCCUACCCGAUGCGGCGCGCCUGAUCUUCGGCCGCACAACGCGCCUCCAAGUCCUCACCCUUGCCUUGUUAUCUGGCUACCUCCUGAUCUUCAGUUUUGUCGGCAUUCUCUACAAUACCUGGGUUACGCCUGUCUCAGACAUGCCCGGUGUAUACAACACUCGAAGCAGCGUCGGCCCAUGGGCAGAUCGCAUUGGCACGCUCGCCUACGCCCUCACGCCACUUUCUGUGCUGCUGAGCAGCCGGGAAUCCUUUCUCUCUCUCAUCACUGGCCUGCCAUACCAGAGCUUCAAUUUCCUUCAUCGCUGGCUGGGCUACAUCAUCUUCCUGCAAAGCUCUCUCCAUACAAUCAGUUGGUGUGUGGUCGAGCUGAGACUAUACCAGCCGCAACCCACUGUCGGAAUCGAGUGGAUCACCCAGACAUACAUGAUCUGGGGCCUCGUCGCUAUGAUUCUCAUGUUCCUCCUAGUUGUGCUGAGCACGCCGUGGGGAAUCAGACUCACCGGUUACGAGACCUUCCGCAAACUACACUAUAUUCUCGCCAUGGUCUACAUUGGCGCCUGUUGGGCCCACUGGAAGCAAUUGAAAUGUUUCAUGUGGCCCUCGCUGAUCUUCUGGUUCCUCGAUCGUGGAGCUCGCCUUGUCCGUACAGCCCUCCUCCAUUACCAUCCGGACCAUUCCAACGCGUUUGGUCUCAGCUUCAAAUCCGCGGAUGCCACCAUCACCCGCUUCCCGGACUCGGAACACGGCGAUGUCAUCCGUCUCGAUCUGCACAACAACCAAGACCCCUGGGCCAUCGGUCAGCACUACUACCUGUCCUUCACCCAGUGUAGCAUCUGGCAAUCUCACCCCUUCACUCCUCUCAACCUUCCCCUGGAGUCAAAAGGCAGAGUCAAACACUCCUACAUUCUCAGAGCGAAAAGUGGCGAAACGAAGAAGAUCGCAGAUCUCGCUGCCACCGGAAUCGCGACCACCCCCGUCAUCCUCACCGGCGCAUACGGCGAGUCCAUCACCACCCAUUUAACACCAAACACCAAUAUCAUCUGCGUCGCCGGCGGGACCGGCAUCACCUACGUCCUCCCUGUUCUGCUCGAGCUUGCCCGCCAAAAGCCCUCCUCAGACCGUAAGGUCGAGCUCAUCUGGGCGGUUCGUCACACGGCAAAUACGGCGUGGGUAGCGGCAGAGCUGGAUCUCUUGCAAAAAGCGCGGAAGACAUUGAACCUGAAGAUCCGAGUUUUCGCCACCCGUGAUACGCAGAGCAAGAUGCCGUCAAUCCAAAGCUCGGAUGCGGAGAAUUGCAACCUGGAAGUUCCCAAACUCGAGGAGAAGGUCGUGCAGGUCUCGCCUUCCGAAUCGGAUUCGGCGUGCUGUGGUUGUGACAAGCCUACUGCUGUCGAGCGGCUCGGUGGUGCUGAUGAAGAUCCCAGUAGGCAUCCUGAUCUGCCGACGUUGGUGAAAACUUUCGUGGCGGAUACGGUGCGCGGUCCGACCAGCGUCUUUGCCAGUGGACCUGGUGGUAUGAUCAGUGACCUGCGGGAUAUUGUUGCAUCUUGUAACUCUGGGGAGAAGGUCUGGAAGGGACAAGAGAGAUUCGAUGUCAGUCUCAUUUGCGAUGAUCGGUUGGAGUGGUAA